CUUUUUUUUUCAGGUAAUUGAGUUAGUCGCGCGCUUUCUGUGAAAUGUUGCGAUGUGAAUACUUGUGCGUGUAGGAGGGGGAGAGAAUAAUAUUUUGCAACAUCGGCUAGGGAAAUGGCGAACAUAAUCAGUCCGGCGUUUUCCGGCGGAGACGGGUCGUGGCAUUUGAAAGUCAAAGUUACCAAUUUGGACUUGGACAAGGAGCUCCGCGUCCGCGGGGAUUUGCACAUUGGCGGCGUCAUGUUGCGUCUCGUCGAAGAGCUGGGGAUGAAGCGGGACUGGAGCGACUAUGCUCUGUGGUGGCCCGAGAAGAACAAAUGGCUGUUGCGGACCAAGUGGACGCUGGACCAGUAUGGGGCCCACGCGGACUCGAAGCUGGAAUUCACGCCGAUGCACAAGCAAUUGAGGAUCCAGCUGCCGGAUUUGCGUUACGUCGACUUGAUGGUGGACGUCUCGGUCAAGGUGUUUCGUUCCGUGGCGAUUUUGUGCAAGGAUCUCGGGAUCCGUCACCCCGAGGAGCUCAGUUUCCUGAAACCCCUGGAACCCGAAGACCUCAGGUAUAACUUCAGCGACGAUCCACGACGGAAGAAACUAGCCCAAGAAAUCGCGUCCAACGGCAAAACGCCCGUCGUUUCCCCCGACACGAACGCCUACGUGCGAGAAAAGGCCCUGCUGAACCACUCGCAAAACGGACACGAUCGGAACUACGAACGAAGCUAUUCGCCGUUUGGCACGAUGAACGCCAACGGCACUCUGCACAACAGUCGGUUCGACUCUUCCUUGAACCACAUUGGCGGCAUGAGCAACACGGGCUGGAGUUGCCCACUCGCCACAACCCCGGCCUCGUUGACGUCCGACGCCCGCAGGAACCUAUUGCGACCCAAGUCCCUGGUGGAGAAGGCGAGGAUCAACGUGUCCUGGCUGGACUCGUCGUUGUCGUUGAAGGAGCAGGGGAUUCAGGAGUACGAGACCGUUUGGUUGCGCUGCAAGUUUUACAACUUCUACGACCUUAACCCCAAGUACGAUCCGGUCAGGAUCAAUCAGGUGUACGAGCAAGCGAAAGCUGAAUUGUUCGCCGAGCUAGUCGAUUGCACUGAAGAGGAAAUGCUAAUGUUUGCUGCGUUGCAACAUCAGGCGACUAUCAAGAGCCGAGAUCCGGCUGCUUUCGAAACAGACGAGGUUGAUGGACAAACGAGAUACGACGAAGACGAAAUCGACCAGGCGCUGUCCGAGUUGCAGGCCACGUUGGAGGGCAGUACGUUGACGAGCACUCCGUUGGCGAAUUCCGGCAAAGAUAUCACUUCCGUGCCGGAACUGGGCGACUUUUUGCGGUUCGCCAAGCCGAAGACUUUUGGCUUCAAGAGCUUCAAGAAGUAUUGGGCCACGUGCCAUGAUCAACAGAUCUAUCUAUACAAGAACAGGGAAGACGCCGGGCGUGACCCUGUGUAUCAUCUUCCGCUCAAAGGAUGUGAAGUAGCGCCUGACGUGAACCUGAGCAGCGGCAAGUACGGAAUAAAGGUGGAGGUGCCGUCGGAAGAAGGGAUGACGGAGGUGCAUUUUCGUUGCGACAACGAAGAGCAGUACGCCAAGUGGAUGGCCGCCAUUCGACUCGCCUCACGCGGGAAAACACUAGCGGACUCGUCGUAUGCGGCCGAGAAGAAAUCCAUCCUCGCGUUUCUCUCCAUGCAACACCCGGCCCCUGCCCCGACCACCAACUCUAGCGGGAUGAAUUCAGUGGUUGAGCUCAAUCCAGAGGAAUAUGUGCCACAGAGAUUUUUACGUCGGGCCAAGACGGGGAAGUUGGUGCAGAGGAUCCUGGAAGCACACGCCAACGUGAAGGACCUGAGUUUAUGCGAGGCGAAGAUGAACUACAUCCGAGCGUGGCAGAGCUUGCCUGACCACGGCGUCACGCUGUUUGUGGUCCGCUUCCGGGGCCCGCACGAGAAGAACAAGGACGAGCUGCUGGGCGUGGCGCCGAACCGCCUCAUGCGAAUGGACCUCAACUCGGGCCACCACAUCAAAACGUGGCGCCUCAACACGAUGAAGUCCUGGCGCGUCAACUGGGAAACGCAGGAAUUGCACAUUGAGUUCGACAACGAAACCGUCAUUUUGUUUUGCAGCUCGGCCGCGUGUAAAGUCGUGCACGAGUUCAUCGGCGGAUACAUCUUUUUGUCCAUGCGCUCGAAAGACGUGUCGCAGAACUUGAACGAGGAAAUGUUCCACAAGCUCACGUGCGGUUGGGUGUGAGCGGAACGUCCGGUAUUGUGCUCUCUCGGGGACAGUUGACUCUUCGACGCAUCCUUUUUAUUUUUUCUGUAACACCCCCAUUGAUUUUUUUUUAUCCCCAUUGCUUAUUCGUUAAUUUCUCCCGUCGUUCUUGUAAUUUUUUGUGGUCUAUUUUAAAAUGCUUGACCUAAUCUUUCGAUUGAUACUUUUUUUUUCUUGUGGUGAAUAUUGUCGUAAUUUUAUCAUGCGAACGUUUGUGCGAAGAGGUCGAUGAACUCGAGAAAGAAUGUGGCGAAUUUGUCAUGGACGUACUAUUGGACCAGUUUUUUUUUUUUUUUUUU